UGCCCCCUCCUCCCCGUUUCUGGGCGUGGCUGAAGCGGCUGGUCUUGCAUUUCCUGCAUUUUUAUAUUUAGCCCCUUGGAGUUGAUUUCUCCCUCUUCCCCAUGAGCAGCGCCGUUGCUUUUGCUUCUGACACUCCCCUGAGCACCCUUUUCUGCCCCGACCCGGGCCCUCUCGCCAGCCUCCUUCCGCUGGUAUGACAGGCAGAAAUCCAGCUGCACCUGUUGAGUGUCUGCCUCGAUCCCUGCUCUCAGAGUGACUUUUGCAACGCAUUUCCCUGGAAAUACAUUCAGCUGGAUGCCAUGGGGCUUCCUGGCAGCUUUUACAGUAGCCAUUCCAUUAAAACUGCGCCUGUUGGUCUUCUGUCUGUCAGACUGCUGUUCAAGAUGCAUAGCAGGGAGCCCGGUUCCGAUCGCCAUCCUGUCACACUGGCCUUUUCUGCUGACUUGGGAUAAAUGGAAACAGGAAGCAAGAUGUUCCCAUUCUUUAGGAAAAGGAAGGCUAGCAGCGAGGCCCGUAAACGUCUGGAAUACCAAAUGUGUCUGGCGAAGGAAGCUGGAGCAGAUGAUAUCCUUGACAUCUCCAAGUGUGAACUUUCUGAGCUUCCCUAUGGAGCCUUUGCAACCUGCAAAGUGUUGCAGAAGAAGGUGCUGAUUGCUCACACAAACUUUUUGACUUCUCUCAUCCCCAAAUCCUGCAGUCUCUCUAAUCUUGUAACAGUAAAGGUUUUAGACCUGCAUGACAACCAGCUGACCUCUCUCCCUGCUGAUAUUGGGCAGUUGAUUUCUCUUCAGGUUUUGAAUGUAGAAAAGAAUGUUUUGAAAGCUCUUCCAGAUUCAUUAGGUGAUCUCGCUCAGCUUCAGACGCUGAAUUUGAAAGGAAAUGCACUCAAGAAAUUGCCCUCCUCCUUGGAGGGCCUGCGGAGUUUGCGAACGUUGGACAUAAGUGAAAAUUUGGUGCAGGAGUUGCCGCAGGCGCUGGCUCACAUCCGGACCCUGGAGACUCUGUCCCUGGAUGCUUCAGCCAUGGUUUACCCGCCAAAUGAGAUCUGCAGCACUGGCACAGAAGCCAUCCAGAGGUUUCUCUGUGAAAAAGUGGGAAUCGAAUACAACCCUCCCUCCCAGUAUUUACUCCCUGUGUUGGAAAGCGACGGAGGAGAGAUACCGGCGGACAGGGUCUGGAGGCCGGCCGGCAAAUACAUGGAAGAUGAGGCCGAGUGGCAGAGCAAAUUUCUAGACUAUGAGAAGCGAAAGACUGCUCUGCUGGCCUGGCAGGAGCAGAAGAUGCAAGAGAAGCUGGAAUUUGAGCGUUGGCUGGACCUGGAGCAGAGAGAGCAAGUCCACCUGAUGCAUCAGAGUCAUGUCCAGAAAGGGGAAUUUCUGCAAAGCAUGAAAGAGGAGCAGAUGAAACUGGAGGAGGGCCUGACUCGCCAUCAGCAACGCCUGGGGGAAGAACGCCUGAAGCUGCUGGAGCAGCUGAAGCAGAUGGAGCAGGGGGUGGGCAGCAGGAUCCAGAAGCUGCUGGAAGAUAAUCAAAGGCAGAAACAGAACUCCGAGAUCUUGAAAUCCCUAGAGAACGACCGGAUCCGGAUGGAGCAGUUGAUGGCCAUCACUCAGGAAGAGACGGAGCAGCUGCGCCGGAGGGAAGUGGCUGCGGCCAUGAAACAGAUGUUGUCUGAGACCUACAAGAACAAGCUUCUUCAGGGAGCCUAUGAGUCACGCCGGCAGGACCUCGUCAACCAGACUUGCUCCAGCCUCGCCAAGAUGGAUGAGAAGUUCCAGCAGAUCCUGGCUUGGCAGCAGCUGGAUCAGAACAAAGCCAUCAGCCAGAUCCUGCAGGAGAGUGAGAUGCAGAAGGCAGCCUUUGAAGCCCUUCAGGUGAAGCGAGACCUCAUGCACUGCCAGAUCAGAAACCAGAUUAAGUUAAUAGAGAGAGAGUUACUGCAGCUCACCCAGCUGGAGUUAAAGAGGCAGCAGCUGGACACAGAGGCUCUGCAGGAGGCAAUUGUGGAGCAACGGCAAACUUUGGGCUACCUGCUGCAGCAGUUGCUGAAGGAGAAAAAACAGAGAGAAGAGGAGCUGCAAGCCAUCUUGAGAGAGCUGGAGGCCAAGAGUGAGACUAAGCAGGAAAACUAUUGGCUGAUACAGUACCAACGGCUGCUAGAUCAGAAGCCUCUCUCUCUCCGGUUGCAGGAAGGAGGUCUGGAGAGGCAGCUAGUAAAGCUGUUGACGGACCUCUCGGCUGAGCAGUACGUUCCAAUCUUCGCCCAUCAUCGGAUAUCACUUGAAAUGCUCAGCAACAUGGUCCCCGGUGACUUAGCCAAGAUAGGAAUCACGGAAUCCGGCUUGCAGCGUGCCAUCAUCCAGAAAGCCUGGGAGAUUCAAGCUGUUGCAGAAACAAUACCAGAACUCUUGAAAUCAGCAGAAGUGGGACCUUCUGCUCCCGAGUCCAGGGAUGAGUCCAUCAGCCCCGAAGGCCCAUCAGCUCCACCACCGGAAGAGCAGCACUGCGAGUGUGUAGUCUGCAUGGAGCUAGAGGCGCAAGUGGUGUUCCUGAACUGCGGCCACGUCUGCUGUUGCCAGAGCUGCUCCGAGGCCCUGCACACCUGCCCGCUGUGCCGCAGAGAGAUCGUGCAACGGAUCCGGCUCUUCCACAGCGGCUAGCCUCCUUGAGGGUGGAAGGGGGCGGGUUUUUCCCCUAGGGAAACCUGGAAUUUCAGCCCUCAUCGUGUUGCUCUUUGUACACCUGUUUUUUUGUCAUGGCCGUGCGCUCGGAAAGCAUGUCUGUGGUUCCUGUACUCAUCGCCAGUGAUCAGCUACAGCCAGUGUGCACGCCAGACAAUGGGCAGGAAGCGAGCCUGCACCACUCCUUUGCGCCAGUUGCAAAUUUGAGAGUUUCCUUUUGCUUGCUGUUGUCUGCCAUGUAGGAAAAGUGUUAUUGGUUCAAAAUGUCCAGGCAAUCUGGAAGCAAUUGCGCUGGGGGGGGGUGGGACCUGGAAGGAAUUUAGUGCAGGGAUGGUGGGGCAAUCCUCCCAACAACUCUCAGUGGGGCAAAAAACGUCAGAGAACAAAAGCUGCCUUUGAACAGGGAAUCUCAGCCUGGGCCACCAUCUGCCCACUAGUCCUCUUUGAGUUUAUUGGAAUCUCCCUCCUGUCCUCUGAUCUUCCUUUUCACAUUGGGGAACUGAAAGGAAGAGCUAUUAAAUUUGGGGAGGGGGAGAAAAUAGCUCUUCUCUCUUCCCAGAGCGGAGAAGUCUCACUGGCCAAAGAUGGCGACCUGGCAUGACCCCUCCCUGCAGCAAAAAAUUGAACCCAGGGCAUGAAAGUCGGGUGGGGAAUUGGGGAACGGCGCCUGGCUGGGUGAAGGCUGUUCUGCUUGGCAGCAUGUAGUUAAUAGCUUGGUUAAUUAGUCAGCAAGCAGACUUGGACUGACUGGGCAAGCCCUUCUGCAGAGAGGGGCAGGGGGCAGGAGCACCAGCAAGGUCAGGAUCCUGCAAGGACUGGAAGCUUCACUCUCUACCUGCCACCUCCUGAAAAUCUGCACUUUUCCGUGGACUGAGCCACUUCCCUUUGUUCUGGGACGCAGGGAAGCUCGGAAGAGCAGGGAUUAGCCUUUGGGGUAGGGGAAAGGUUCUCUGCCCUCUCCAUCUCUCAGGGGCUGCACCAGACAGGAGAGUCUAGACGUGGCCUUCCUGGCUGGGUGCGCUUUUGAAUCUUUAGCCUUGAGGAGGAUGGUGGUGGUGGUGUCCCCCUCCUCCCAGCUGGAAGGUGUCCUGGAGAGAAAAAAAUUGUAGAGGCUGCCGGGUGAGAGGCUGAGUCAAGCCCCCUGGAGGGGGCUGAGCGACCUCCAUCUCCCUUCCUUAGCACAGGCUACUGCAUCAGUCUUCCAAGGGACAAGGUGGCAGAAUUGCAGAUGUGCCUCUGAGUCAUGAGUGUUGAAGUACAUGGAUUCUGUCUUCACGAGGGAGGGGGGCAUAGCUGCCCUCUCAGACCCGCCCUUCAAGUAAAGAUCUAUGUUCUGAUGUGUUCUUUGCUGCAAUCCUGAUGUGCUCUAAGGGUCUGACCAUCCUCUGCUCUUUUGCCCAUAUCCCCCGCGGAGAGCCUCUGGCCCUUGCUGUGCCAGGCAGAAGGCGGGAAUUCCGGGGGAGGCAGCUCUGGAAUGCCUGGGGUUCUGCGUAAAGCUGGGAACAAGAACAGUAACUUCAGCACCCGAUGCACAGCCAGAACUCUUUCGGAUGAUCCCCCAGCAGUGCCCGGUGUCCUCCCUGCAUGUUUGUGUCGUCCCUACGUUGGUCUGUUUGAAAUGUAAUGUUUCCUGUGUAUGCAGCAGAGAAAUAAAACAAGUUCAGAGCUUC